AUGGCAUCUCCACUUCUCUGUGACAAUGUUACACCAGAGUGCCCUGUUGAAGCGUCCAUCUAUGGAUACUAUCCAAAUACCUUUGCGAAUUGUUUCUUCGCAGCUUUCUUCGGCCUCUUCACUUUCCUCAAUGUGUACCUCGGUUGGCGAUACCGUACUUGGACUUAUAUGAUUGGUAUGGGACUUGGCUGCUUGUCAUCGUGUGUUGGGUAUGCAGGCCGUAUCAUGCUCCACACGAACCCAUUCAACAGUACCGCUUUCAAGCUCCAAAUCACGCUUCUCAUCAUCGCUCCGGCGUACCUCUCUGCAGCGAUAUAUCUCACCCUCAAGCAUAUUUGCUUGUGCUUCGGAGAGAAAUGGUCACGAAUUCGACCUCGUUUCUAUACCUGGAUCUUUAUCUUCGCCGACAGCAUUUCAUUGGCUCUCCAAGGAGCUGGAGGUGGCAUUGCGGCUAGCGCUGGGAGCAACUCCAAGCUUCGUGCAAAGGGUGACCAUCUCGCGAUGGCGGGUAUCGUAUGGCAGGUGUUUACAUUGACGGCAUUUGGAGUUUUUGUCGUUGAUUUUGUCGUUCGACGCAAGCGUGCGCUCAAACUACAUCCAUUCUCGGAAGAGGCAAAGGCAACUAUCAGCAGCUCAAAGUUCAGACUCUUCGCCCUUGGCCUGGCUACUGCCUUUAUCGCAAUUUUCCUCCGAUGCGUCUAUCGCAUUCCAGAAAUGUCUGGUGGCUGGAGAAAUCCCAUAAUGCAGAAUGAGAUGCUGUUUAUCAUCUGUGAAGGAGUGUAA